AUGGGCGCCUUGGGAUCCUUUCGCUUUCCCGGCCCGCUGACCAGGAUGUGCCCCGUGCCUUGGGCAUGCCAGCCCGGGAAGAAGCCGUCGCUGCUGUCCCUGGUAGCAAGGGUCCCUCCGGUCCAGGCAGCAGGCAAGAAGGACCAGCCGGCCCCUUUCUCCCUGGAGGAGAGUGACCUUGAAGAGCAGUUUGUGAAAGGACAUGGCCCAGGGGGCCAGGCAACCAACAAGACCAGCAACUGCGUGGUGCUGAAGCACGUGCCCUCCGGCCUGGUCGUCAAGUGCCAUCAGACGAGGUCCGUGGAACAGAACAGGAAGCUGGCCCGGAAAAUCCUGCAAGAGAAAGUGGACAGUUUCUACCAUGGGGAGGAGAGUCUGGCCUACAGAGAGAGGCGGGCGGCGGAGAAGAAGAAGCAGGAGAGGAAGAGGAGAGCGAAGGAGACCCUGGAAAAGAAGAGGCAGCUGAAGCAGCUCUGGGAAUCGAGUAAGAGCUCCACGGCGGAAGCAGCCGGCCCCGAGUGA